UACAUAUAUCUAUAUCUAUAUAAAUAUAUAUGUAAAGGAAAUAAUGGUUACAUGUUGAGACGAUAGGUGGCGCUGACGAUAGUGUCGGUGGAGACGGGAGACGUCAUGAUUUUUUAUUUGUCAAAGAAUUGAAUUUAAUUUAUUUUGUUAUAAACUAAUUAGUGGAAUAAGAGCGACAAUAUAACUUUAAAUGUCGUUUCUUUCAUUUACAGAGCAACGCAUGGUUUAAUUUGUCGUAAAUUCCAUUAAAAUAGAAUAAUUGUCUUAUAAAACGACAUUUUUAGUGAAGAAUAAUGGAAAAAUUACGAUUCACCUUCACAAUAUUAGGAGGAUCUGAUGGAAAAACUAAUUUAAUUUGCAUAACGUCAAUCGAAACUCCAGAUGGACGAUUAUUUGAUAUACCGGAUGAUUUGAAGCCUGUAAGUAAACACAUAGCCAUAACUGCUACAGACUAUUUCACCAAAAUCAAGAACUCUCUGAAGAAAAGGCAUCAAUCACGGAAAAUAUGGAUCCCCUUAACAGAAGACUUAAAAAAAUGUUACUUGGAUGAAGGUGAAAAUGUACAAUUUGGUGAUCAAUACCUAGAUGAAAUUACACCUGAAGCGGAGCAUCCUGGGAAUAAUGUCAGUGUGAGAGGUGAAUACAAAAAGUUAGGAAAAAUAGCGGAAAGAUUCUUAAUUGAGAAGUUUUCAGGAAAAACAUCAAGUGUUAAUCAAUGGAUGGAUGAAUUUGAGAAGGAAUGCACCCGUUUUGAGAUAUUAAAAGAUACAGAGAAGAUUGAGAUUUUAAAGUAUUUGCUUGAAAAACAGUGCUUAGAUUGGUACACAAGUAUGUUGAUAAAACAUACUAUCAAUGCAGGAUGGGAAUUAUGGAAAACAAAUUUUUGUGAGACAUAUGGAAGUAAAGGUUGGUCACAAAUUAAAUAUGCUUUUACUUAUAAAUACCAAGGAGGGUCAUUACUUGAAUAUGCCAUUAAAAAAGAAAGAUUACUAUUAGAAAUAAAUAGCAAAAUUGACACACAAACAUUGAUUAAUCUCACCAUUAUGGGUCUACCUGAUUAUAUAAUGUACAAAAUGGAUAAGGAAGUUAUAACUUCAACUGCAAAUCUUUUUAAGGAAAUUGGUAAACAUGAACAAACAGGAAAAAAUUAUAAUAGCAAAUUUAAAAGAAAUUCAUCUGACAGUCAAUUGAAAAGUGAGAAAAUGCCCUGCAAAAUAUGCGAAAAAUUAAAUAAAGGGAACCGUUUUCACGCCGAAGAAAAAUGUUGGUUCAAUAAACAAUCUGAUGAAAAUAAAGAUUAUAACUACAAGGGAAACUAUAGAAGGAAUGUGAACAAUACAGUGCUAGAUGUGGAAUUAAGUGACAAUGAGCCAAAAAACGAGUAAUCACACCAUUAAUUGAGGUAAAACUAACAUUGGAGGACAAAUUAGAUAUAUUAGGUAUAUAUGAUUCUGGUUCCAACGUAUCCUUAAUCAAUUCUAAGUUAUUAAGAUUAAAAAAACAAGGCCAUAAUGUAUACAAAAAUGCAAACCUAAUAACAAUUAAUGGUGUCAAAAACACAAAAGGA